GCAAACAAUCAUGGUUUGGUUUGGAAAGAUUUCAAGACAAUAUCAAAUGACAUUGGAUUUCUUGUUACAUCUUCUGCCACACACAUUUGUUCUUCUAUGGGCAGUGGCACCUACACUGUACUAUGUGCAUGCUCAAGAAUGUGAUCUUUCUAAAGGGGAAUGGGUUGUUGAUGAUCCAUACUACCCUCUUUAUGAUGCCUCAAGGGACUGUCCUUUUAUAGUGCAGGGAUUUAAUUGUCUCAGAAAUGGGAGACCAGAUCAAGAUUAUCUCAAAUAUAGAUGGAAACCUUUUGCCUGUGAUCUUCCAAGGUUUGAUGGUGUGAAAUUCUUGGAGACAUACCGAGGGAAAAAGAUCAUGUUUGUUGGGGACUCUAUAAGCGACAAUAUGUGGCAGUCACUUGCUUGUUUGCUUCACAUUGCAGUGCCAGAAUCAAAUUACACCUUUACAAGACUAACAAAGCAUCUUUCUAUCUUCAGAUUUCUGGCGUAUGAAGUUUCAAUAGUGUGGGUGAAAGAUGGGUACCUAGUGGAUACAGUUCGUGAUAGAGAAAAGGGAAGAAUUAUAAAACUUGACUCCGUUUCAUCUCGGUACAAGUGGAAUGGAGAUGUUUUGAUUUUCAAUACCUACCAUUGGUGGUUUCACACAGGAGAGACUCCAAUACACUUUCAAGUCGGAAAUGAGAUAAUGAAAGACAUGGAUAACACGGAAGCUUACAAGACUGGGUUAACCACUUGGUCUAAUUGGAUUGAUUCUAACAUUGAUCCCUCAAAGACUACUGUUAUCUUUCAAGGAAUUGCUGCUGCACAUUCAGGGGAAAAACACUGUCUAGAACAAACUAAGCCAGAGGAAGGACCAAAGCCAACAUAUCCUGGUGUAGACAUUGUUCAGAAUGUUUUGAGUAACAUGAAAAGUCAUGUUUAUUGGCUUGACAUUACUUUGCAAACACAACUGCGGAUAGAUGGUCACCCUUCUGUAUUCACUGGUCGAGGAACUUCUUAUGAGGACUGCAGUCAUUGGUGUCUAGCUGGUGCUCCUGAUACUUGGAAUGAAAUGUUGUAUGCUGUUUUACUAGGAAAUCGAUAUUAUUAUCAUUUGUAACUCUAGUUUAUGUCUUUUUUUACCACCAUUGAGGACACAAGACUCUCAUGAAUUUGGACUGUAGGCAUAAAUUUGUCCUUUAAAAGUUGCUUAGCAUAGCGAUUUCAUUUUCAUCAAUCAUUUUCUUGAGCGUA